GUGAGACCCUUGUGCAGCGCCCUGGUGGUUUUGCCAUCAUCGUGGAUGUGUUGGGGAGACGGGCAGGAAGGCAAACAUGCCGGAGCAGCUGCAGAAGUUUCGAAUGAUCCUUGGCAAAUUUGAGGGCUACCAUCCAUUUCACAAUUAUACAAGACGUAAACUGUACCGGCCGCCAUCGCCGAGGCUAGAGCUUGAUCAAGCGAAUCAAGAAGGAGAUGGUGACGGUUUGGUUCAGCGACACGAUGACGUGGACGGAGAAGGAUCCGGAAGCAUGGAAGGCACCAUCCUUGUUGGGGGGUACAGGCCUGAAAGAGAGGAUGAUGAUGAUUCGGAUGUAGAGGAAGAUGUAUAUGUGCCUGAUGCAAAUGGAAACGACCUCGAAAUAUUAGGGAGGGAGGGGCAGGAGGGGGGUGGGACUAACAAUGGUUCGACGAUGUCGGGCUCGGUUGGCGUGAAACCAUUGGGCUCGGUUGGCGUGAAACCAUUGGACUCGAUUGGUGCGGCAACUUCAGGCUUGAUCGCUUAUUGGCUGAGCAAAAAGAACCCAAACGAUGCAAUCGGCAGGUCUCAUUACAGGAAGGUCUUGUCCUGUACUUGUGGUGAGAUUGAGAGGGAAAUGUGCGCUGGUAGAGAAAUCAGCUUUGUACGGGUCUCUCUGACAGGAGAAUCUUUCAUGUUCAAUCAGAUUCGGAAGAUGGUUGGGACAGCAGUGGCAGUUUUACGCGGAAGGCUCGCGUUGGAUCUGAUGGAAGCGUCACUCUGCAAGCACGCUCGAGUCGUCUUGCCGAUAGCCCCUGCGGAGGGGCUUCUGGUUGCCGACUGCGAGUUCCAACCCUUUCGUCGAAAUGUCAGGUCGCCGAAUUUUCUGAAGAAUGGUGGUGGGCAAGAGGUGCGAAGUGACGAUUCCAUCUUGAGCUCCGAUCCGCAACUACGAGAGGAAAAACCUGGGCAGAUGGAAGAUCGACUGGUGAUGUCGGACGCUAUCCGGGAGGAGCGAGGUGGGUUUUGGAGAGGCGUUUUGUUACCGUCCAUGUUGCCUCUCCUGGUUUACGGAGAAGGGCGUCAGGUCCCUUGGAAAGAAUGGGAACAAUGGCUUAGGGAGGAGUACAUCGUGCCAUUUGACGAGGCAGAGGCGAUACUGAAAGCCUAUCGAGAGUGGAGAGAG